AUGAAGGUCACACUCAGCACCAUCGCCCUCGCCAUCGGCGCUCUCGCCGCCCCUGUCGACGAGACAAGAGAUAUUGAGAAGCGGGCCACCGUCCUGGGUUUCGACAUCAGCCACUACCAGUCGUCCGUGGAUUUCAAUGCCGCAUACAACUCAGGCGGUCUCCGCUUCGUCUACAUCAAGGCCACCGAAGGCACCACCUACAAGGACCCCAAGUUCUCCUCUCACUACACCGGCGCCACGAAUGCAGGCUUCAUCCGCGGCGGCUACCACUUCGCCAGCGGCACCGGCGACGGCAGCCAAGAAGCUAACUACUUCCUCGCCAACGGCGGCGGCUGGUCCAACGACGGCAUCACGCUCCCGGGCAUGCUAGACCUCGAAGGCUCCUGCAAAUCCGUCAGCUGGAUCCGCACCUUCUCCAACACCUACCACGCCUCUACGGGCAGAUACCCUGUGCUGUACUCGAGCCCCAGCUGGUGGAGCCAGUGCACGGGCAACUCGAACGCCUUUGUCAAUACGAAUCCGCUCAUGAUGGCGUGUUGGAAUUCGAGCCCUUGCACGCCGCAGGGCGGCUGGCCGUAUUAUACGAUUUGGCAGAAUGCGGAUAGUAAUACGUAUGGAGGCGAUUCGGAUAAGUUUAAUGGGGAUUAUACGCAGUUGAAGAAGUUGGCUUCUGGGUAG